AUGCCGAUCCUCGAUAAGGAGAACCGCCCCCGCGGCCUGCGGAUGCCGUCGCUUUCCGCCAUCAAAGGAGGACUCAGGAAGCAACAGUCCUCGGAACCCUCGCCGUCAAAGGAUUUUGAGCCGGUCCAGCUGCCUGCUGCUUCCUUGUAUCCGACAGACACCGUGCCUGUGCUACCUUCCACCAAACCGCAGGAGAAAGAGUUGCCGCCCAACCCGACGGGACCGCCGUCGUUUCCUUCCCCCCCGGCCAGCUCGUCCCCUACCGUCAACACCAAUGGUUACAACGACCGACCUCUUCCUCGCUUUCCUCAAGUUCCCGUCCCUAAACCCGAGGAACCGAUCGCGCCAACUGUCCCGCAAGAAGCGUCGCCUCCUCUCGAAGAGCUGAAGUUUCCCGUUGCUUCCGGGUUAGAUCGUCCUCAGGAUGCUCCGGCCCAGCAUAAUUAUAUCCCAUAUCACGCUCCAGGUCCGAGCCCAGGGCAAUCGGAUGAUACGGAUGAUCCGUUGGAAGACUUCAUCCCGGAACCUGAGCCCGAGCCGGAAGUUGAUGCGGUUGACGCACCCAUCGAGCCGGUAUCCAGCGAGGAGAACAACGGACCCUGGACGCCGCCGGAUUACGAGCCCAUUGCGGCACCGUUGAACAAGCUGCACUAUGCGUGCUACCAGGGCCACCGGUCCAUGCCGGCGGCUAACAACGCCUGGUACCCGGUGCCGUGUAUGACCUGCCAGCGGUUCGACCGGGAAGUGCGAUACCGAUGCGUUUUCUGCUGCCUGCGCAUCUGCGCCAACUGCUCGCAGACUAUUCAGAAACUUCCCAAUCGUUCGCUCAGUCAAUUGAUGGAAACCAUCAAUUCUCCAGAGUAA